GAGGCUACACUGACGCGUCCUGUGGCUGAGGUGAUGAAGAUGGUUGAUGAUGUAAUGUGCUCGUCUCUCCAGAGUCCAUGUAUGAUGUAUGAUCCAUCAGAAAACGGUCUGUUCGGCACGUCUGACUACGAUCAGAUAGAGGACGAGUCCUUUCCCCCUCUCCCACCACCGCUAUCCCCUGGAGAGGGCAACUUUGCUGAUGAGCAUGCGGCCAGUGGCGAGGGUGAAGAAGGCGAGCUGUCCAAGCUACCUGAUGUUCCUGUAGCUAAAAGACGAAGCGUUAAGCGACCCCAGCCUAAACUAGACUCUCAGAGGCUGCUGUCUGAACGAGGACUUCCUGCCUUACGUACAUUAUUCAGUGAUGUCAAAUUUAAAGGCAAAGGCCAUGAGGCUGAGGAUCUUAAGGUUCUAAUGAAGAAAAUGGAGAACUGGGCUCACAGACUUUAUCCCAAACUGCAGUUUGAGGACUUCAUCGACAAACUGGAGGUUCUAGGAAGCAAGAAAGAUGUACAGACAUGUCUGAAGCGAAUUCGACUGGACAUGCCUCUGACCCAUGAGGAUUUCAUGGGAAAUGAUGGCGAUGAAGCUGAGGUCCGUUUACAGGAGGACGCAGACCCGUUUGAAGAUAGAAGCUUCUCUGAAGAUCCGUUUAUCCAGUCCACUCCUGCUCCUGCACCAGUGUCUCUUACAGAGGAACAGCAGCAGCGCAUCGAGCGCAACAAACAGCUGGCUCUGGAAAGGCGGCUGGCUCGGCAAAAACAGCAAGAGUCGUCGCAGUCUGCUUUUCCGGAUGAGCCUGCUGCAAGUCCCUCAGAACAUCAGAACGUCAGCCAUGACGAUCAGCAAGAACUGGAUCAAACCACAGGCACUACUGACACACCUUUAAAACAGGAUCCUGCAGAGACUCCGAGCUCCCCUCAGCAUAACGAAAGUGAGCGUCCAGUUCCAGAGAUAACAAAUAGCAGAGAUGACGAGAGCGAUUGAUCAGUUUAACUCUUCCUGAUUGCGACAGUAAGUUUUCAUGAUGGACACAAAAUGACUGCCACCAGAGUGACAGAAAAACUUUCAGUUGUUAGACCAUGAUGUAUUUACUUCCUCUCGUAAUCAAGCCAAAUUCUAACAGGCUACUUGUGGUGUUCUUGACAUCCUCUGUGAGGAUCUAUAAUGAGUAACAGUCUGGCUUGAUUUAUGCUUUCCCUAUUUCCUGUAAUUAAACAUAACUAUAAUUAAAAUGCAGAACUAUACAUAGAAAAAGCUGUUGCCGCUGACCCUUUUAUUAGUAAUUGGUGUCGAGAGGUUUGUGAUAUGACUUUCAUUCUUAAUUAUCUGUCUCUAUCCACAUCAUCAAUGCUGCAUGUGCUCAUAAGAAAUGGACCUACACACAAGGUUUCAACUAGGUGUUCAGCUUAAGGUGCUUUUAUUAUUAUUAUUAUAUUGUUAUUAAAGCAUAAUUUAAUCCAACCAUCACUAACAAAAGGUGUUAAAAGGAUAGUAGUGUUUGUUUAGGAAGCUGAUUAAUAAUUUGAGUUUGAAUAUUCUUGUGCAGUUUUAUGUCUUGGGUGUUCUUUUUUUCGUAUAAAUUCUCUUUCAUAUUCUAU